GACAUUGUCGGGAGGCAGCAAGCAGCUUGAGAAUUUCCCACGAAACAAAUAGCAGCUCGGAGGAAGCACCUUUCCAUUAAGUAGGACUGCAUGGCCAGCCGCCCCCACUGAAGGGCUGAAAAUGAGCGUCCCGGUGGCUCCGAAGAAAUCGUGUUACGCUCCGUUGCGGGACAACAGAAAUGGAGUGAAAAAUAAUAACGAGAGUAUCCUAAGUCUGGGAGAUACAAAUGCCAAUCAGAUCAUGUUGGAGGUCCGUUCCUCUCAUGAUGGGUCUGGGACAGGUGACCCGACAGAUGAAAUUAGAAACGCAAAUUCAAGGGAGCCAGAGAACAGUACCCGCUUCUGUAAGGAAUUCCAUCAACUUCAGGGCUUUGGGAAGGGACUGCAGGCUGGCCCCACCAGCCUGAAAGAUUUUAAAUUUUCUUCCACCGUUCACGGAGGACCGGACGAAGAGCACACAACGGAGAGAGGCACAGAUACCCUCCAGAGCCCUUGGAGUAUUCAGGGAGCAAGUCUGUCAAGUUGGAGGCAUGUCAUGGCUGAGGCCGGUCCAGAGGUUUCGGCCAAAAGGGACGCUGACCCGCCCCGGCAGGCUCCUAAGGAUAAGUUGGCAAAGACCCUUGACAACGAGGAAUUGAGAAGGCAUUCUCUGGAAAGGGCUGGAGGCGCUGCUGUUGUCGUGGAUGUGCCCCCGAGAGAGCACGGUGGGAGCCUCAGCGGGCAGAGUCCGCAGCCCACACCGCUGGACUCCCCCGAGGCCCCGCGUCCUGAGCCCGGUGGCGGGGACGGGCCGCAGACGAUGUCCACAGCCCCCUCUCUAGGGGCGGCCUUUCUUCCGGCUGACUGUACCUCAGAGGGAAAGAGUGUGCGUCAUCCUAAACCAUCUACCUCAGCAGCCGAGGAGACCACCCCCUCGGAGACCCAGAUGGGACGUGCACCGAGAGUUAGCAACGACAGCACAUCACGUUCUGCCCCCGCAGAGCCGGGUCCCCAUUCGGCUUCAGCCCCGAAGGGAAUCCCGAGUAAGCCAGAAGCACAAUUAGGUCAGGGAAAGGGAGAGCCCCAGCCGGAGCCGAAGGUCGUCCACCCCAAGGCCGUGCAGGAAUUGAAGUCAACCCCGGCGGAGUAUGCGGGAUGCUCGAAGGAAGGGGCUGUGUUGUCCCUGGAACGGAAGGGGCCUGGUGGGAAAGCACAGCAGGAAUCUGCCCCCGGUGGCACACCUAGCCUGUCACCUAACGGUCUCCAGCACGUCGGGGCGGGAAGAGGCAGGGGCGAGCAGGACAAGAGAGCGGGCAGCCUACCUGAGGAGGGUGCUCUUCAGCCCACGCUCACCCAGGGCCUUGCUUCCUUGGCAGCCGCUGAUAAGCAGCCCGCAGGUAAAGUUUCAGCAGGGGCAGCCAGGAAGCCCGGCGAAAUGGCAUCCAGUGCCGUUUCGUCGGGAGAUGGCCAGGCACCUCUUAUCCUUUAUGAUCCACCUGACAGGAGGCCCUCAGAGGUCAGUGAGGCGAGAGUGCUGGACGGCGGGCACGUGGACAGUGCUGCGGCUUGUACUUCGGAUCCUUCUGUUGGAGAGAGCAACGCCGGGGUCCCCGAGCCCUUUGACCCUCAAAGCAACAGCUCCGAAGGAGGGGCCGGCAAAGAGGUCACGGCAGCUGUUGCAGGAAAUAGGAACCUUCUGGAAAGUGCGGCUGAGACUGAAAGCGCCCCGGGGGGAGCGGGCGCCCUUCGCAGCGUCCCGUCACCCCUCCAUCCAGAGACGACCGCGAAUGUGACCCACCAGCCUACACCAGCUAGUAGCAGCAGCUUUCAGGACUCGGGCGCGUCGGGUGCGGAUGCGAGGCCCCCCUCGGCCGCCGUCCCCCCCACCGAUAGCGCGCGGUUGUCGAACCCCCCCCCAAAAGUGCCUGACAAGAGCACCUGCCCCAGCGGGGUCCCCGAGCCUGUCCUCCCACCUUCUGAAGACACCCCUCCCUCACAGGAUGGAAUGGAGAACCACCAGGUUGAAAAAGCGGAAGAAAGGACAGAACCCAAGCCCAUCGUUCUGCCCAAGCCCAAGCACGUGAGGCCCAAGAUCAUCACCUACAUCAGGAGGAGUCCUCAGGCCCUGGGCCAGGUGGACACUUCGCUGGUGCCAGUGGGGCUUCCUUACGCUCCGCCCACGUGUCCCAUGCCUCUUCCCAAAGAGGAGAAGGCAGCAGGUGGUGACCUGUACGAGAAAUUCAAGCCAGACUUGCAGAAGCCACGGGUCUUCAGUUCCGGGUUGAUGGUGUCUGGGAUCAAGCCCCCAGGACACCAUUUCAGUCAGAUGAGUGAGAAGUUUUUGCAGGAGGUGACAGAACGCCCCGGAAAAGAAGAAUUUUGCAGUCCGUCCUAUACUCAUUAUGAAGUUCCUCCAACUUUCUACCGGUCGGCCAUGCUCCUUAAGCCCCAGUUGGGAUUGGGUGCAAUGUCCCGUUUACCAUCUGCAAAGAGCAGGAUCCUGAUCGCAAGUCAGAGGUCCUCAGCGAGUGCCAUCCACCCACCAGGACCCAUCGCGGCAGCUGCUGGCCUCUACAGUCCCGAUUCGGCAGCAGAUUUAAAGAAAGCCUCCGGUUCAAAUGCUGCAAAAUCCAAUCUACCAAAAUCUGGACUUCGUCCUCCUGGAUACUCACGUCUCCCAGCAGCCAAGCUGGCGGCGUUUGGCUUCGUGCGGAGCUCCAGCGUGUCCUCGGUCUCCAGCACCCAGUCCGCGGACAGCGCGCAGCCGGAGCAGAGCAGACUGGCCAACCGGUCAACCUUUGGGAAUGAAGACCAGCCAGCUCCGAAGGCGGUUCUGCCUUCCAAAGACGCACCCAAGGGGGCCAGCCGGGCGACCCCUCCAGCGUCCUCCAGUGUGACAACACCCCGCCGGAGUUUGCUUCCAGCGCCCAAAUCCACAUCUAUACCCGCUGGAUCCAAGAAAGAAGUACAAAAAGAUCAAGAUGCUAAUAAACCCGCUGUUUCGUCUCCUAAGAGAACAGUGGCUGCAACCACCAAGCUUCAUUCACCAGGAUACCCCAAACAGAGGACAGCGGCUCCCCGAAAUGGCUUUUCCCCCAAGCCGGACCUGCAGGUGCGCGAAGCCGAGCGGCAGCUGGUGCAGCGGCUGAAGGACAGGUGCCAGCAGCAGGCCAGGCAGCUGGUCCUGGUCCAGGCGGAGCUGCGGAGGGCCGUGUGCGGCUUCCAGGCCCUUGCCGUGUCUACCCAGUAUUUCUCCAGAAAGAAUGAAAGUGCCCUUGUGAAAGAAAAAGAGCUGUCAAUCGAACUUGCAAACGUCAGGGAUGAAGUUGCCUUCAACGCGGCCAAGUGUGAGAAACUGCAAAAGGAGAAGGAGGACCUGGAGUGGAGGUUUGAGGAGCAGGUGCGCGAGCUGGGCUGGCGGCAGCAGGCGGAGCUCCAGGACCUGGAGGAGAGCCUGCAGGUGCGGUUCCAGGCGGAGGCGAUGCGCCUGCAGGAGGGGCACCACGCCCAGCUGCUGCGGAUCCGGUGUCAGCACCAGGAGCAGGUAGAAGACAUCACGGCCAGCCAUGAGGCUGCUGUCCUGGAGAUGGAGAAUAACCACACAGUAGCCAUCGCGAUCCUGCAGGACGACCACCACCACAAGGUCCAAGAACUGAUGUCUGCCCAUGAGCUUGAAAAGAAAGAAUUGGAAGAAAAUUUUGAAAAGCUGCGGCUGUCAUUACAGGACCAGGUACACAUGCUGACCUUCCAGAGCCAGUCUCUGCGGGACCGGGCCAGACGCUUUGAGGAGGCCCUGAGGAAGAACGCCGAGGAACAGCUGGAGAUUGCACUGGCUCCCUAUCAGCACUUGGAAGAAGACAUGAAGAGUUUGAAGCAGGUAUUAGAGAUGAAGAAUCAGCAAAUACACCAGCAGGAAAAGAAGAUCAUUGAGCUAGAAAAACUGGCGGAAAAGAACAUUAUUCUAGAAGAAAAGAUCCAGGUUCUCCAGCAGCAGAACGAAGACCUCAAAGCAAGGAUCGACCAGAACACCGUUGUCACAAGACAACUGUCGGAGGAAAAUGCCAAUCUCCAGGAAUACGUGGAGAAAGAAACCCAGGAGAAGAAGAGACUGAGCCGAACCAACGAAGAGCUGCUGUGGAAGCUCCAAACCGGGGACCCGACCAGCCCGGUUAAACUGUCCCCCACAUCCCCUGUUUACCGCGGCUCCUCCUCGGGGCCCUCCUCUCCCGCCAGAGUCAGCACGACGCCCAGAUGACGCCGCCGCCACGCCGCCUGCGGGAGCCGUGGCUCCUGUCCACCCAGGGCUCCUACCUGGAGGGAGAAUUGACCAGGGGCCGGCCCGGGGCUGGCCCUGCACGCAUGCUCAGUAGCUGCCUAGCUGCAUUCUAAGCCAAGUCCUCUUCCGAUCCUCUUGUAAGACUGUCCUGGCGUUGGCGCUUAGGAAAGCGUAAACGGUAGUGUCUGAUGUGCAAACGUUUGACCGUAGUUAGAGCCAAAAGAAAGAAAGAAACUCCAGUUGUUCCCGAGCAAUGAACUCUCACUGCAGAAUUUCAGGUUAGCUACAAAUAGCUCAGUUUUGAAUAUACAUUGAAUAAUCCUUGUGUACUGCACCGACCUGUGUGUAUAUUUAGAUACACGUAUAUACACAUGCA